AUGGCUAAUCGAGCACAAAAUCGUCCUGCCAUCCCGUCCAGGCAGUGGGACAUAGGGCAGCGGCAGCCACUCCGAAUUGAGAAGACGAAGGACGCCAGAAAAGGUACUCCAGAAACCAGAAGCAGGUUCGAUGUCUUCCAAGGACAACUAGACAACUACAAGACCCAGCUUGUUGCCCACCUAAACAGCGAUCUCGCAGAUGCGGACGGCGAAGUCAGCGAGGCUGUGAUGAAACUAGCUCAUCACGUUGAUCAACAAUGCCUUGUUAUGCAAGACUCGAGCAACAGCAUGAUGCAGGACCUCAGCAACGAGACACUCGAGGUUGAUCAGGAAGGUACAAAAGAGAACGUGAUUCUUGGUCAACAUAUGGAAGGUUUCAGGGAGGUAUCCGAAACGAACAAGACACGACUGGCAGAGCUUUGGCAGCAGUAUGAGACUGUGCAGAAACAAAUUGUGGAGCUUGUUGUCGUAAUGCUAAACGACAAAGAAAUACUUGUGACUUGUCCCAAUGACCACGAUCACCAACACAACGAUGGCCACGAGGAGGGUUGUCCCGGUAUCGAUAAGGCAGCCGCCAGGAAGCGACGAGAAGUCUUCCAGCGUGGCUACAAGCACGCGCUGGAAGAGCUCAGUGGUUUCGAAACGGAGAUCGAGGGUACAGCGGUUGAGGACUACCAGUACAAGAUGAAGGAGCAACUUCGCAAAUUGCUUACUGAAAUGCAACAAAGCCUUUAA